CUUUAUGCAAAUUUUGUAUUUAGCUUCGUUAAGGUAAUUAUAAAAGUACACGAUGUAGACAUGUACAGUACUGUGGCCAUGUGCCCGCAGGAGCCACACAGAGAGGACCUGAGGGAGGAGCUAACCUUUACAGUGACACAUAAACACAAGCACGUAUAUACGCUGUAGCUCGUAGUUAGCUUAGCGGGUUAGCACCCCGGCAUAAUAGCUGUUAUUUUGAUAUAUUCAGUGGCACUAGAUAUGAGCGAUAACGACAAAGGACGGGAGUCUCGCUCCGUAUCCCGGAGCGUGAGUCCACGGGGUUCUGGGAAGUCAGCGAGCCGCUCACCAGCUCGUUCGGCCCAUUCAAAAGAUGGUUCCCACCGCUCCUGCUCUAAAUCUCGAUCUCGUUCCAGGUCGAAAUCUGGGUCCCACUCCCACCGUGGCUCACGCAGACACUACAGCCGGUCUCGCUCCCGCUCAAGGUCAUAUCAGCGCCGAUCUCGCAGUAGGUCCUACAGUGGAGAGCGUCGACGCAGAAGCCAUAGUCGCUCACCCAUGUCCAAUCGCCGCAGGCACAUCGGCAACCGUGCAAAUCCAGAUCCCAACUGUUGCCUGGGAGUGUUUGGCCUGAGCUUGUACACCACAGAGAGAGAUCUGAGGGAAGUCUUCUCUAAAUACGGCCCCCUGGCGGAUGUCUCUAUCGUGUAUGACCAGCAGUCGAGGCGCUCCAGGGGCUUUGCUUUUGUUUACUUCGAAAACACAGAUGAUGCUAAAGAGGCAAAGGAACGAGCCAAUGGCAUGGAGCUGGAUGGGCGUAGAAUUAGGGUAGACUUCUCUAUCACAAAAAGACCUCACACUCCAACACCUGGAAUCUACAUGGGACGGCCGACAUAUGGUGGAGGUGGUCCCAGUGGUCCUCGGCGCUAUUCACGUGACUACGACCGUGGAUAUGAUCGUGGAUACGACAGAGGUGGCUACGAUCGCUAUGACGACAGGGACUACUACAGAUCGUACAGGCGAUCUCCAUCACCAUACUACAGAGGGGCUUACAGGUCUCGAUCCAGAUCACGAUCUUAUUCUCCCCGUCGAUAUUGACCCUUUCUGUCAAGCAAAAACCUCUUUCCAUCCCAAACAGGAAGUGUUUCUGAGAGACAUGAUUGACCUCAGAGUAGAUCUUUUUUCUUAAGGUGAUCAUCACACUUCAGUUUGCUCAUAUACAUGAACAGUAAAACUAUACAGACAUCAGUUGUGAAGCAUACCUCUCAUGUUUUUAAUUGUUAAUGUAUAGACUACACUUGUUGUAAAUGUUUUAUUAAUGUUUGAUUAAUGUUGCAGACAAAUUAAGUUAAAAAAAAUCAUCUUUCAACAGAUUAAAAGGGAGAUGCAUUUUUUUUCCA